GAUAAACUACUAAAAGAAUAUCUAACAGUAUUUAGCUUACACAUGCCCGUUUGGAUCACCAGAAACUGCAAGGGAUUACAAGAUCAGAUCAAGCUAGUUCCUCUAAAUCUUCAUAAUAGGCCUUCUUGGUACCCUGAGAAAUUUUACUCUGUCAAUAAGGUGCCAGCUUUGGAACACAAUGGCAAAGUUAUCGGGGAGACUCUUGAUUUGAUGAAAUAUAUAGAUACCAACUUUGAAGGGCCUUCUCUAUUUCCUGAUGAUCCUGCCAAGAAAGAGUUUGCUGAAGAGUUGUUUUCUUAUACGGACACAUUCAACAGAAUUGUGUUUGCUUCAUUUAGGGGAGAUGUAGCAAAAGAAGCUGGUCCUGCUUUUGAUUAUUUGGAAAAUGCUCUUCAGCAAUUUGAUGAUGGACCAUUCUUUCUUGGCCAAUUCAGUUUGGCGGACAUAGCCUACAUAACAUUUGUGGAAAGAUUACAAAUCUUCUUAUCAGAAGUAUUCAAGUAUGACAUUACUGCAGGCAGGCCUAAACUUGCAGCCUGGAUUGAGCUGAAUUUUGAUGACGUACACUUUAGUCCUUAGAUAGAACAAGCAAUUACAAAAGAGUGGGUGGGGAACUUUCAAGAGAUAAACAAGAUUGGGGCUUACAAGCAGACAAAACCAGAUUCCAAAGAACUAGUUGAAUCUUACAAGAAGAGCUUUCUGGCUCAGUAAUGACCUUGGCAGUGGGUGUUUUACUUACUGUUGAGGAACAAGAUCA